GCCGGGCCGCAUUUUCAUUUCAACUUUGUCUGCGACGAGUUGUCGUCUCCAGUCGCGUCCUGUUAGCCACCUCCGCGUCCGCUGCGCGUCCCUUCGCUCCGUGAUCGCAGUGCCCGAAUCGAAGAUCCCAUAUAUAAAUUGGAAUACAUUUUAGAAAAUUCCAAGCAAUCGAAAAAAAAAACAAGCUACAAAAACAAGCGAGCAACUCGAGACUUGCUCUUGGUUCACUUUGUGCAUCGAAUAGAUUCAAAUCCUCGAUUCCAGUGGAACACCCAAAAAAAAAAAAACCGAACGUGAUCCGCCUCUGUGCCAUUGACUCCAGCUAAAGGGAUUAACCAACCCAAAUGCAAAGGAUUUUAACCGCCUGAAGACACCGAACUGAAACUCAAAACAAAAAUAACACACCAGCAGCAGCAGAAGCAGAAGCAGCAGCAGCAGUCGAGAAGAAAGCCGCAGAGCGAGGCCGAGUAGCGAAAUCCAAAAAUCCACAUUUUUGGUUUCCAGGGCGUCAAUUGGGAAUUUGAAAAUUCAAAGCCAAACACACACACAGAGCCCAGAACUCAAAAAAUGGGACACCUGACGCGACGCAGCAGCCUAAUGGCCAUGGUUUUAUGCCUGGUACUCAGCACAAAGCACCUGUCGGUCCAUGGCGAUGCCUCGCACAUUGAGUCCGCCGCCCUGCCCCUCGAACACAGGGCCGGCUACGGUCCGCCGGCGCCCAUUUACGGAGCGCCCCAGGGUCCCUUGAGCACCGGAGCGACCAACGACGUGUCGGAGGAGGCCUGGCCCCUGGCCAGCACCAACGACAGUCCGCAGAUCAAGCACCUGCAGGUGCAGUGCGAGAAGACCCACAUGCGGGUGAACAUCGAGUUCGAUCGACCCUUCUACGGCAUGAUCUUCUCCAAGGGCUUCUACAGCGAUCCGCACUGUGUGCACCUGAAGCCGGGCACCGGCCACCUGAGCGCCACCUUCGAGAUCUUCCUGAACAGCUGCGGCAUGACCAGCUCGGCCAACCACAAUGCCGCCGGCUACGGAGCACCGACGCCAUCGGGCAGCUAUGUGGAGAACACGAUCAUCAUCCAGUACGAUCCCUACGUGCAGGAGGUGUGGGAUCAGGCUCGCAAGCUCCGCUGCACCUGGUACGAUUUCUACGAGAAGGCGGUGACCUUCAGGCCCUUCCAGGUGGACAUGUUGCAUGCGGUGACCGCCAACUUCCUGGGCGACAACCUGCAGUGCUGGAUGCAAAUCCAAGUGGGCAAGGGACCCUGGGCCUCCGAGGUCUCCGGCAUUGUGAAGAUUGGUCAGACCAUGACCAUGGUGUUGGCCAUCAAGGAUGAUGAGAACAAGUUCGACAUGCUGGUGCGCAAUUGCGUGGCUCACGACGGCAAGAGGGCGCCCAUCCAGCUGGUGGACCAGAACGGCUGCGUCGUCCGGCCGAAGAUCAUGAGCAAGUUCCAGAAGAUCAAGAACUUCGGUCCCUCCGCAUCGGUGGUCAGCUUCGCCUACUUCCAGGCCUUCAAGUUCCCCGACUCGAUGAACGUCCACUUCCAGUGUGUGAUCCAAGUCUGUCGCUACAACUGCCCCGAGCCCAAGUGCGGACCCGGACUGCCGGGUGGCGAGUACGGUCUGCCCCAGAUCGGCGGCAACGGCCUGUCCGAGGAGUACGGCCCGCCGGAGGCCUACGAGAGGAACGACUUCGCCCUGGGAGGUCCCGGAGUCCUGCCGCCGGCCGCCUAUCCUGAUCCGCGUCACCCCGCCUCGGAUGCCACGGGCGCCUACUCGGAGAACCAGCCGGAUGUGGUGCCCUCGCCCCAGGCGCAGACCUCGGCGGCAGUGCCCACCGCCGAUUCGGGAUCCGUUUCCGGACCCUCCAGCUCCCAGUCGCCGCAGCCGCAGUCGGGCAGCAACGAGUUGGGCCUGCCACCGCCACCACUGCCGGGUCAGGGCGGCCAGUACAGCACAGUGAAGCGCAAGGAUGACCUGAGUGCCGGCGGCAACCUGGUCUCACUCGGAGGACGACCUCGCUCCGUGGAGGGAUUGGAUGAUCUGCGCGGCGUGCGCAGGCGCAGGGACACCAUGGACAUUGUGAUGAAGCCGCAGAGGAUCUACAAGCGGAAUGCGCAGGAGAUGACUGACGUGAACACCAGCCGGAUCAUCCAGGUGGUGGCUCCGGGAGAUGUGAACUUUGCUCUGAACAGCAAUGCCAGCAACGAGACGGUGGUGAUCCAAUCAGCACGCUCCGCGGAUGCGGAGACCAUCUGCAUGUCGGUGCCCAGUUUCGUGGGUGGAUUGGUGAUGCUGCUCCUUGUCCUGGCCGUCGCCUCUCUAGUCGCCGCCUUCCUCUUCGUCCGUGUGCGUCACUUCGAUCGCAAGGGAGCGGGCAUGGCCUAUGUGAACUAAUCUGGAAUCGAAGGAGUCCCAAGGGAGUCUUCAAGGGAUUCACCAUCAUCAGCGACGACGAUCGGCGUGAACAGAAAACCAAAUCAGUUUUAUGUGCACUUCAGAGACACUCAUUCCCAUUCCUCAUCAGCAAUCUUUUCAUAGGCACCCUAUCCUAUCUUCACUAUUUAUUCUUUGGUUAUUUAUUGAGACCCCAACUCCCCCCCAACUUUCGAAUGGUUUCCUCUUUUACCACCACGCCCUUUCUUCUAUAUAUGUUUCCCUAGUUUUAGACGAAGCGAAAUUGAAUUGUCAGACUUGUUAAGUUUCAGUUAUACCUACAAAGGAUUUAGGGCCAUCUGAUCGGACAGAUACGCCUUGAAUGUUACAAUAUGCAAGUUAAUAACGAAAAAAAAUUACGAAGUAAAGUAGCGGCAACAUGGAAAAGCAGAAAAUCGUUUACAAUAAGUUAAUAUAGCAAAUGUAUAUAUUAAAUUAUUUAUUUAUUACUUUAUUUGAUAGCUGCGAAAUAAUAAAAAGUUUACUUUUAUUAA